AGCUGCAGAAGGAGGAAGAUGAGGAACAGGGUCGUCAUGGGAAACGUCCGGAUCGCCCUCCAGCCCCACGUAGAGUCAGCUUCAGCCAGGACACCUCUCACCCCUACUACGAUGUGGCUCGACACGGGAUCCUACAGGUCACAGGUGAUGAUAACUAUGGCAGGAAGCUAGUGAUCUUCAGUAGCUGCCUGAUGCCCCCCUCCCAUCAGCUCAACCACCACCACCUACUGCAGUAUCUGAUGUAUACCCUGGACCAGUAUGUAGAGAGUGACUAUACGGUAGUGUAUUUCCACCAUGGUCUCCGCAGCUGCAACAAGCCCUCGCUACACUGGCUACGAAACGCCUACAGAGAAUUUGACAGGAAGUACAAGAAGAACCUGAAAGCCCUCUAUGUCGUCCAUCCUACUAAUUUUAUCAGAAUCAUCUGGAAUAUAUUCCAACCACUCAUCAGUCACAAGUUUGGUAAGAAGCUGACUUAUGUAAACUACCUGUCUGAGCUCAGAGAUCACCUGAGCUGGGAUCAGCUCAUCAUCCCACCUGAUGUCCUCAGGCAUGACGAGAGGCUGCAGGCGGCCCAGAAGGGAGGUCUGCACCCCUCAUCUAAGACUCCUCCCCCCAGACCUCCUCUGCCCACUCAGCAGUUUGGAGUCAGCCUGCAAUAUAUUGCUGAGAAGAACCAGGGAGUUAUGAUCCCUCCUGUGAUGUCCCAGACUGUGUCUUAUCUCAAAGACAAUGGCCUCCAGACAGAAGGUAUCUUCAGGAGGUCCGCUCGUGUUCAGCUCAUCAAGGACGUCCAGAAGCUCUUUAACCAGGGGAAGCCAGUGGUUUUCGAGCAGUACGGAGACAUCCACGUGCCUGCUGUCAUCCUGAAGACCUUCCUCAGAGAGCUUCCUGAACCUCUGCUCACCUUCCCCCUCUACCACCAGAUACAGGACAUAGUCCAAGUGGAGAGCAGUCUACGAGUGACCACCUGUAAACACAUCCUAGCGAGACUACCAGAACACAACUACAUGGUGUUGAAGUACCUGCUCUGCUUCCUGAACAUGGUCUCUCAGCAGAGUAUCAUCAACAAGAUGUCUCCCUCCAACCUGGCUUGUGUGUUUGGUGUCAAUCUGUCCUGGCCUUCUCAGGGCUCUGUCUCUCUGACAUCUCUAACACCGCUCAACAUCUUCACUGAGAUCCUUAUAGAACAUUACCAUACAGUCUUCAGCUCUCGCUGCCCACAAGCAGAGGUACUGCCCUGAUACCAGCCCUGAUACCAGCCCUGAUACCAGCCCUGAUACCAGCCCUGAUACCAGCCCUGAUACCAGCCCUGAUACCAGCCCUGAUACCAGCCCUGAUACCAGCCCUGAUACCAGCCCUGAUACCAGCCCCGAUACCAGCCCCGAUACCACCUGAUACCAGCCCCGAUACCACCUGAUACCAGCCCCGAUACCACCUGAUACCAGCCCCGAUACCACCUGAUACCAGCCCGAUACCACCUGAUACCAGCCCCGA